CAGCUUUUGCUGAGCUGCAGACGGAUAUCCAUGAACUGACCAAUGACUUGGAUGGGGCUGGCAUCCCAUUUUUGGAUUAUUGCACCUAUGCCAUGAGAGUCCUCUUUCCAGGAAUAGAAGACCAUCCUGUCCUGAAAGAAAUGGAGGUCCAGGCUAAUGUGGAGAAGUCUUUGACACUCUUUGGGCAGCUCUUGAACAAAAAGCACUUCCUGUUAACUUUUAUUCGAACGUUAGAGGCCCAACGCAGCUUCUCCAUGCGUGACCGGGGUAAUGUAGCCUCUUUAAUAAUGACAGCCCUACAGGGUGAGAUGGAAUAUGCCACUGGAGUGCUGAAACAGCUUCUCUCAGAUCUGAUUGAAAAGAAUUUGGAGAGCAAGAACCAUCCCAAAUUGCUCUUGAGGAGGACUGAGUCGGUAGCUGAAAAAAUGCUGACCAACUGGUUCACAUUCCUUCUGUAUAAGUUCCUAAAGGAGUGUGCAGGUGAACCUCUGUUCAUGUUGUAUUGUGCCAUCAAACAACAGAUGGAGAAGGGGCCUAUAGAUGCAAUCACUGGAGAAGCCCGCUAUUCCCUGAGUGAAGACAAGCUCAUCCGGCAACAAAUUGACUACAAAAUGUUGACACUAAACUGUGUGAACCCUGAAAAUGAAAACGCUCCUGAAAUUCCAGUCAAGGUCCUAAAUUGUGAUACCAUCACACAAGUGAAGGAAAAGCUGUUGGAUGCUGUGUACAAAGGAGUACCAUAUUCCCAAAGACCCAAAGCAGGAGACAUGGACUUGGUGAGCACGAUCCCCAGUGACCCCAUGCCCUUCUCUUCCAUCGGUGCAGAGUGGCGGCAGGGCAGGAUGGCUCGGAUAAUUCUUCAAGAUGAAGAUGUCACCACAAAGAUCGACAAUGACUGGAAAAGGCUCAACACUCUAGCUCAUUACCAGGUAACAGAUGGUUCAUCUGUGGCACUGGUGCCCAAACAGAACUCUGCCUACAACAUUUCCAAUUCCUCUACUUUCACAAAAUCACUCAGCAGAUAUGAGAGUAUGCUCCGGACAGCUAGCAGCCCUGACAGUCUCCGUUCCCGGACCCCCAUGAUCACACCUGACCUGGAGAGUGGCACCAAGUUAUGGCAUCUGGUGAAGAAUCACGAUCACAUGGAUCAGCGAGAAGGUGAUCGUGGCAGCAAGAUGGUCUCAGAAAUAUAUUUGACUCGUCUGUUAGCUACUAAGGGAACUUUACAGAAGUUUGUGGAUGACCUUUUUGAGACUAUCUUCAGCACAGCCCACCGAGGGAGUGCCUUGCCUCUGGCCAUCAAGUACAUGUUUGACUUCCUGGAUGAACAAGCUGAUAAGCACCAGAUCAAUGACUAUGAUGUCAGGCACACUUGGAAGAGUAACUGUCUACCUCUGCGUUUUUGGGUGAAUGUGAUUAAGAACCCACAAUUUGUGUUUGACAUUCAUAAGAACAGUAUUACUGAUGCCUGCCUAUCAGUGGUGGCUCAGACAUUCAUGGACUCCUGCUCAACUUCUGAGCACAAGCUAGGGAAAGAUUCUCCCUCCAAUAAACUACUGUAUGCCAAGGACAUCCCUAACUAUAAGAGCUGGGUAGAAAGAUAUUAUGCAGAUAUAGCUAAAAUGCCAGCAAUCAGCGAUCAGGACAUGAGUGCCUAUUUGGCAGAGCAGUCACGGUUACACUUGAGCCAAUUCAACAGCAUGAGUGCCCUGCAUGAGAUCUACUCAUACAUUACUAAGUACAAGGAUGAGAUUUUAGCUGCUUUAGAGAAGGAUGAACAGGCCCGAAGACAACGGCUGCGAAGUAAGUUGGAGCAGGCAAUUGACACAAUGGCCCUCAGUAGCUGAAAAGGCCGAGUUGUUGUUGCAGACUUCCUAGCAGCGGAGGCUAAAAGAGAAAGCGGCAAGCAAGUUGCAGCAACAAGAAAACACACAAGAUAUAUUGGGGCUCGGCACAAAACAGUGCACAGAGUCUGCUGCGUCUUUGAACCUUUUGCACCGAUUGAACAGAAGAAAAUCAAACAAUCCUUUAAAUCAUUAUUAUCAAAGCAAACUGAAAACAAUUUAAGGACCUUUUUGAAAGGAGCGACUGACGUGGCGAAGAACCUGAGAGACCCAAGAGAUGUGUGAGAAGAGCCGGGGGGAAGAAAUUCCAGCUGAACUGCUACUGUCCCUUCCCCACCAAGGCCUGCCCCAAAUCUGGCAAAGGAAGGUUGGGGCAUGCACUAACUUCUAGGGCAAUGAUUUUACAUUAUGUUUUUCUUAUAGCAGGCGGGUGGGCAGUCUUAUCAUUUUUUCCCUUCUGUAUUUGCUUCGACUCCCGCCUUGACUGGACAACUCAACUCUUCAAUCUACUCCUCCUUUCUUUCUCCCUGGCCUACUGCCUCUAGUGUUAACUGCUAAAUUUGCACAAUUUUCACAAGCUAAUGCUGUCCUUUUAGGGACUGAAAGGAUAUGGAGGGUGGGGGGAAGGUUGCAAAUCUGCAAGAAAUCUUUGCAAGGUUUUUCCCCCCCCCCAACAAAUUAUUGGUGUGGGAGAGAAAUGAGGGUGAGUAGAACCUAGAGAAGUGGUCCCAGGCCUCCUUUUUUUUAUUCUUUCUACAGUUCGUCCUGUGCCAUUUUAAAACGUCAUUGAGCACAGGCCAAAAAAAAUGCUCUCAUUUUGAAUGCUGCUUAAGGGUGUGCUGGAGACUUAGAAACAGAAAGGCGAAAAAAAAAAACCCUAAAAUAAAAAAGAGGGAUAGGCACAUAUGAAAACAAUCUCACCUAAAGAAUGAUGUUUCUCAUCUAUAAGGAGCAAUGCAACUUCCCAAUACACCUUGCAUUGGAUUUUUAUAGAAGUCAGAAUCAGCUUUUAUAAGCAGAGUUUAACAACUGUCUCAAAAUUGCCCCUACAGAGUUUUCCUUAGUACACACACACGCACACAUGCACACACACACACACACACACACACAGAGAAACACCUCCCUCCAUGUGUAAGCUUUCCAUUUAGAGGUCAAAGAUACUUUCAAAGAAGCUCUCCAUGUACAAGUGUCAUAUAGCCAGAGAGAAAGGAGCUAUUUAGUCUAAUAGCUCAGUAUUGCAAAAGGAGAAUGUUCAGGUUAAGCAGGAUCAUACAGGCAGUUUAGAGAAAAGCUUUUUUUUUUUUUUUUUUUUUUUUUUUUUUUUUGCCUUUUGAAAUUGCAUUGCUCCACCUCAUUCCACUGGCUCUGGCUCUCCCCCAAUGGCAACAUAAAGCCUGGUCAGAUUAUCAGAAGGGCAGUCUUUAUUUCAAACAGUAAAAAAAAUAAGGUGUUCCCACAUAAGGUUGCAGUUUAACCCAGAUAAAUACGACAUGUCAUUUCCAGCAUUGUUUUCGGUAUGUAUGUGUGUGUAUGAGAGAGAGAGAAGGGUUGUGCAUGCUCAUGGACAUUCAGCUCUUCCAAAUACUGAUUACAGCAUAUUUAUAUCUUCAGCAGGCUAAUUCCAAAAACAAAACCAGGCUUAAAGUUUUUAAAGCAGACUUGUUCAAUCUGGGUCUGCAUGCAGCCCUGGACAGUUACAGUAAGUAAUGUGUCCCCAUAAACCUUCCACGUUAUUAUGUGGCUCUUGUAUAUGUUGUUGUCAAUGUGUGAAAUUAGGCAUUUCAUGGAAUGCCUAGGAAAUCUAUAGAAUGCCAAAAAUCAAAUGAAACACUUUUAACAUUUCACACAUUUCCUAGGCAUUCUACGCAAUGCAAAAAGGCAAACCAGCAAAGUAUAAAAUACUCCUGCUGAAAUCCCAUUCUAGCCUUCCUUGUUGCAACAUGUAGGUCAAUACUGGUCUUUUUAUCUUGGUUAUUUAUUUAUUUUUUUCAGUAAGGAAAAACUUCUAUUUUGCAUUUCUUCUUUUAUUUUCAUACAUAUCUUUCCAAUAAAGGGUUAAAGUUAGGGUGACAGCCUAAACCUAAGCCUAAGCUAACCCUAUUCAUGUUGCUCUUUUCAUGCUUUUCCUAAACAGUUCUUGUCACACUGCAAAAUGCCUAGGUAUUACAUACAAUGUCUAGGGAAAGUAUAUAGCGCAUUAAAAUAACAGACUUAGCUUACAAAUGUCACCCAUUCUUUGCUCACAUGUUUUGUUUGUUUUCUUGUUUUAUAUUUUACCUUUUAUAAUAAAACAAAAUAAAUGUACUAUUUCCUAGGCAUUCCAUUCUAUACAAUGCCAGCCUUUCACACAUUGCCAGUAACAUAUAUAGUAACUGUAUUACACAUUUAACAUGCACCCAAGACAUUUCCAGUUCACUCAGUGUGGGUCAGGCAAGCCAAAAAGUUGGACAAUCAUGCUUUAAAGCAAGAAAUAAUGGCUAGGCCACCAAAGCUGAGCCUGCAACCAAGUGCUCCUUGUGUGCAACAAAAUAUUCUGUGGGAAAUAGACAUGACAGCAGACCGACCCAUGAGAAGGAAAGAGAAAACAUGGCUCUUUAAUUGCAUGGAAGCAUAACCAUUUGGGAUCUUUUUUUGUAGGCUGAUAUCAGCGAUCAGUUAUGUGUCCAGAAAGUGUUUGAAUGGUUGCCUGCUUGUUAGAAACUUUAAAUGAUCUAUGACCAGCCCAAUAUUCUCACUCCCAGUUUAUUUAUAACUUGCUUUGGUUAUCUUGUCGCCCUGUUUCUUUAGGUAGGGGAGAAAUAAUAAUCUUCAAAGGAACAGCAUAGGAUUGUCUGCUCACAUUUAAUGUUAGUGCCUAGGUUAGUAGAAAAGUACCAGAAAGGUCACUGCCAUCUCGCCACCUCUCCUAAUUGGACAUGUACUUUCUAUUUUCUCCUAUUUCUUCCAACUCCAAAAUUGUAAUUACUUUCUACCCUGAUUCUGAGCAUUCCCUGAUUCUGGCGUUGUUGGUUAGCAAACAAUCACUAGGCGGAACAGAUGCCAACAU